UUGCCGGGGAACGCUGCGUCCUUCCUCCUCCCCCUCCUGAGCUAGCUCGCUCGGCUUGCCCGUUCUUCCUCAGACGGUGCCGGGAGGGAGCCUGACCGGGCCGGCCGAGCAGCCGCGGGGCCCCUCGCUUCCGCCAUGGUGCUCAUCAAGGAAUAUCGCGUCAUUUUGCCUGUCUCAGUAGAGGAGUAUCAGGUGGGGCAGCUGUACUCUGUGGCAGAAGCCAGCAAAAAUGAAACGGGCGGAGGAGAAGGGGUUGAAGUCCUGGUGAACGAACCCUAUGAGCGCGAUGGAGAGUGUGGCCAGUAUACGCACAAGAUUUACCACUUGCAGAGCAAAGUUCCCCCUUUUGUGAAAAUGGUGGCCCCAGAGGGAGCCCUGAAUAUCCACGAGAAAGCAUGGAAUGCAUACCCUUAUUGCCGAACGGUUAUUACAAAUGAAUACAUGAAAGAUGACUUUUUGAUCAAAAUUGAAACUUGGCACAAAGCAGACCUCGGGACACAGGAGAAUGUACAUAAGCUGGACCCCAGCGAAUGGAAAAACGUGGAAGCCAUCUAUAUAGACAUUGCAGAGCGGAGUCAAGUCCUCUCGAAGGAUUACAAGCCAGAAGAAGACCCUUCAAAAUUUAAAUCCAUCAAGACAGGUCGUGGCCCUCUAGGACCCAACUGGAAGAAGGAGAUCGUCAAGUCAGACUGUCCGUACAUGUGUGCUUACAAGCUAGUAACGGUCAAAUUCAAAUGGUGGGGGCUGCAGAACAAAGUUGAGAACUUUAUACAGAAGCAAGAAAGACGACUUUUCACAAAUUUCCACCGGCAGCUAUUUUGCUGGCUUGAUAAAUGGGUUGACCUGACAAUGGAAGAUAUUCGCAGGAUGGAAGAUGACACCAAGAGGCAGCUGGACGAGAUGCGACAGAAGGAUCCCCUGAAAGGAACAUCAGCUGCUACAGAUGACUAGUGUGGAUUCCUCUUUGUGCUCAUUGCAAAUGUCAGCAGGAAGGCCCAAGAAUUCUAUCUUCUUGACCAAUGGACCAUCUCUGGAUCAAGUUGUCCUCUAUCCAGUCAGCAGGCAACUUCCAACCUCCCCUAGCUAACUCUAGUUGCCCCUUUAAUAUUGUGAGCAAAUAGACAGUUGUCCGGUCCUGAGCACUCCAGCACUGGCUCCUGGGAAGGAGGCCGCUCCGCGGGGACAGCUGCGCCUGUGACGCCACCUUCUUCUGCAAUGUCCAGACCAGUUUCUAUGUGGCCCUCUUUGAUUUUUACGUGACAUUUUUAGCUGAAAAUAGUUUUGUGACGUGAUUUAGAUUCCUAUGCGUACAUAUCAUUUCCUUUGAAGCACUGGGAUAAAUUCUGCUGCCUUUUUGUUUCUCUCCAGCUCUUCAUCUUCCUUCAGUCAUUCACGGAGAGGGGAACUCAGUAUUAGAGUUGCAAUGAUUGCAGUUCCGUAGGAUUCUAGAAUGAUGUGCAGGGUUCUUGUUGUCCAGGGACAGGAGUUGUUGCUGCCACAAGAGGUCUUUAAACGCUGGGGAGGGGUGUCCUUUACUGCUUGCCUCUAGUCUAAUGAGCGCUCAGUCAUGUCGUUUUGGAGGCCACGUUUGCUGCUUUGGGGGUUAUGAGCUUUAAAAGCAGAAUGAAUUGCCCCUCCCCAAGAUAGUGGCGAAAACUUUUGCUUUUUAGUCCCCUAUUUCAGUUGAUAAGGGAAAUGGAUUUCCAUUGGACCACGAGAAAUUGUGUAAGCCAAAUUCAGUUCUUUUAAAUUCAGGUCCUGCUCAGGCUCCUCGUGCCCUGCUGCUUUAAAGCAGUAAGAGCGCUGGCCCUGAGAGAUUUUUGUGGAAGGAGAUUCAUUUGCCUUUGCGGAGUGUAAAAUAUAAGCGAAUAAUUUUUUUUAAAUAAAAAAAAUCACAGGCCCUACUUAUAAGAUGGCCAAGCCCUUUGCUGCUGGAAGAGUAGGCCGCCUGAAGACCAGACUCCUCCUCCUCUUUGUGUUUAUUUUGGACAAUCACAUGAGCAGAAUUGAAGGAACUCUGUUGGCACGACUAGCUGGGUCUCCGCGGCUUCCUGCGAGGCAGCAACUUUGCAAGCAGGCCUCCUUUCUCUCCAAAGCAAGCUGCAUCUGGAAGAGAAUAAUUCCCACCCCCACGGCUGUCUGCCGCUGGUUCCAUAUGCCGGGGAUUCUAAGAAGCCCAGAGAUGUGCUUUGGUAAAUUAGUAGGAGAGAAGGACUUGGUUCGUAUGUAGGUUAAAUCUUUGCAUCUCUGCUUCUGAAGAGGGGAGGGGGGCCCUGCUUCUGAGGAAGCAGUUUUUAUCCCUGUUUGUCCGUUCUUUUGCCUUACUGAUGACCAAGUGCAAUAAGCAAGUUUUUCAGCAGUUGCUUUCUGAAUUACCAUGCAGGGCUAUCUAUAUAGUUUUCUUUUUUCAAAGUUGAGUUUUAGGUGACUGUUCUGUUUUGUUUUUCCUAAAGAGAAGCCCUGCAGUCAAGGCAAAGCUGUUUUGGUCCCAGAACAAGCAAGGUGCUCCUUUAUCCUUUUCCUCCCGGCAAGCAAGCCAGCAGGGUAAUCUUGUAGAGCAUGUAAGAUAUUGAAAUAAAAAAACCUGGGGAUUAAUACAAAUAAAACAAAGUAUAUAUUAUAUAUAUUUAUUGACUAAUGAAUUGUAAGAGGAUUCUGAACGCCUGAAGCUGUUUUCACGGGCGGUGCUUACAAAACAGGGGCUUGCUUUCUGGUGACACCGUCUCCAUGGAAACAGGCUGUGACAUUUCAAAGGAAGUAGAAUGGGGGAAAGAGGAAUCCAGAAAGAUUCUGGGCAGGAAGGUGCAAGCUCUUAUUAGAACACAAAGCUUUGCUGUGUUCCGCAGUAAGAGCCAGAAGAAUGCAAAGAACUUCUGUGGAGUCCUUCCCCUCUGAGCUGCAACUGAGCCCUUCUCUUCCCCCUGCCCCCCACCCCACCCCACCCUCCAGCUCCUGCUGCUGCUCAAGCGCUGUAUAAUGUUUUGCAUCGGCUUCAUAAUCCAGAACCCCCAGAGCUGCUGGGAAGGGAGAGUGGGUUCUGCGCCCCUCUCUCUGCUUCCGCCUCUGUAGCUCUGGGGCGAGGGAGAGGAGGGCCCCAGGGGGUUUGGUUCUGAAAAUGCAUAUCCUUUGUCGCCUUGAUUAGCUGAGCUCCUUGUUUUUUUUCAUGUGAGUUUGUGCCUUUCUGUCUCCUGACCUUCCAAUACUGGCCUAUUGGAAGCCACUCCAAUAAAAUCAUAGAGGAAGCA